GUUGCUUUUUUCUAUCAAACCUUGUUCAAGGAUUUCGUAUACUGUGUGAUUAGUAUGAUCAUGAGUGUAAUGUCAAAGGCUUUAUCUUCAAGCAAUUUGUGUCCUCCCAUCGACAUUUUUUGCCCAUUAUGUUAAUCCUUUUGACUAGCCUUAUGGUUUGCGCCUACUUUGGAGCACUAGCCUUCUACAGACUUUUAUUUCAUCCGCUUCGUGAGUACCCUGGGCCAUCGCUAGCAGCGCUCUCUGGUUGGUACGAGGCGUAUUAUAACAUUAUCAAAGGGGGAGAAUUUAUCGGUGAAAUUGAAAGGCUUCAUGUACUAUAUGGUCCUGUAGUCCGAGUUGGUCCUAAUACACUCCACUUCUCAUAUAGUCAAGCCUACCAUGACAUAUACACCCAUGGUACCACAUUGGUCAAAGAACCCGAAUUCUAUGCCGGUAUUGUUGCUCAUUGCCCCCAAGCCUCUUUCGGCUUCUGUGACCCACAAGAGGCAAGGAGCAGAAGAAACUUAUUGCUACCAUUAUUCUCGCGCCGAGCAGUAGUUGCUCUGGAAUAUACAAUUCAGAGAAAGAUUGACCUGCUAUUGGACACGUUAAAAGAGAAUUACAACUCCCCGACCUCGACUGUGUCGAUGGCCAUCGCAUACCGCGCACUUACUCUUGACAUAAUCACCUCCUACUGUUUCGCUGAAUCAGCCAACACCCUCAGUGAUCCAAAGUUCCGCCAUCCCUUGCUCCUCGGAAUACAAGGAACUCUGAAAACUAUCACUUUCCAAAGGCACUUUCCUUUCCUCACUUCCUUUGCCAAUAAUGCGCCGCCGAAGCUCAUUCUCUGGUUCAUGCCCGCGUUCAAACCAUUCGUGGAUCUAAAAGUACGUUACGAAGGACAAGUGGACAAAUUGAUAGAUGAUCCCAGUGCUUUGCUCGCUGUUGAGCAUGAGACAGUUUACCAUCAUCUUUUGGAACCGAAGGAUAAACAGCAGCGACCAUCGAGAACAUCGCUUGUCCAUGAAGCAUUCACCCUCGUUGGCGCAGGAAGUGAUACCGUCGGAAAUGCUUGCACCAUCGGGACAUUCUACGCUCUGAAGUAUCCGUCAAUCCGGCAGAAGUUGAUGGAUGAGCUCUUUGAAAUAUGGCCCAAUGCAGAUAGGGCAAUAAGUUACGUUACGCUUGAGAAUUUGCCAUAUUUGACGGCGUUCAUCAAAGAAACCCUUCGGUUUUCACUCGGGGUGGUUCACCCCCUCCCUCGGGUCGUAGGUUCUGCCACCCCAGAGAUAGGUGGCCUAAGACUUCCUCCGGGAACCAUCGUGGAAAUGAGUCAUCUGCUCUUGCACAUGAAUCCCGAAGCCUUUCCCGAUCCCCGCACAUUUAAUCCCGAUAGGUGGCUACUAGAGGCAAGUACCAACAAGAUGGGCCUAGAUUUCGCUCCGUUCAGUAAAGGUCCUCGUAUUUGUUUAGGAAUGAAUUUGGCGUGGUGUGAACUGUAUCUGAUUUUCGGGAACAUUUUUCGGAAGCUUGACCUUUCACUCCUUGUCACGGAGGACACAAUUGAGGACUUCGGGAAAGAUCAUUACGACUAUUUUAUUCCACAUUGGAAAAAGGAAUAUCGCGUUUUUGUGCACAAAAUGCAUGAUUCAUAGAAAGGCUCCAGGUUAUCGAUCAAAUAUGCAAACCAACUUUCUUUGUUUCUACAAAA